UAAAAUACCACAGAUAUUACCUAUAUAUAUGUAACGACACAUUCGGGUCAUUCUUCAUUCUUUUCGAAUCUCUCCACAGUGAACGAUGAAAUUCCUAGUCGUUUUUUCCUGUCUUGUAUCCUUGGCUUUGAGUCAACAUGAUCAUCACAAAACCACCCAGGCUGUAGCCGAGCACCUGUUCAAGCUUCUAGACACUGACAGGAGCGGGGAUGUCUCCAGCCAAGAACUGCUCGGGGCCUUCCAUCAGUAUGACGCUAAUGAUGACGACCGUCUGACCGAGAAGGAGUUCUACUUUGGAGUGUGUCACCACACCCCCGAGAUCUGCCCCGAGACUGUCGGUCUAUUCCAGGAGUUUGAUACUCUCAAUGAGAAUGUCCUGUGGCUUGCAAACAUGAACAGUGUUUACAAUCUCUUCGAUACAAACGGAAAUGGUGAAAUCACCCGCAGUGAGUUUGUCGCCUGGAUGACAAUCAAACUCGACGCGAUUAAACAAAGUCUGCCAAAACAGUAA